UGUCAUUUAUUCAAAAUGUUAUCUUCAACUGUGUUAAGUAGUUUUCUAGUUUUUGCAAUUCUUGCUACGACAGCACUGGCAUAUCCAGCUGAAGACAAAAAUCAAACUUUUAUCGAAAUAAUUACUACCGAUGAUAUUACCAAACUAAACGAUCUUCCAAAAGGAGCUGUUUUAAUUCCUUUGAGUCAAAACCCUCAAACCAGGGGAACUCGGUAUACAUUUGGAAAGCGUACCUCAAAGGAUGAUUGUGUUGAUUGGAACGGUAGUACUGCAAAAUAUAGAACGCCAAGAAACGUUCAGCAGAAUGUAAGGUAUCCAUUAGCUGGAAUUGGCAAAGUUAUAACUUAUAUACAAAUUGAUGUUGACGAUAGCUCUAAUAACCAACGAGUUUAUAUUACAUCAGGUGGAAUUGGAGAACGAAAUGUUGCUUUUGUUAUAGAAUCUAAAAAUACGCUUUACUUUACUUAUUAUUACCGCAUAUAUGGACAGUAAAAAUAUAAAACCAUGGAAUUAUGAGAAA